AUGGGGGACCACCAGCACCGAGACCAAGCUGUCACCGGCAGCUCUUGGUCUCAAACACAGCCUAUUCAAAAUGGGCUGCCCUACCACAACGCAACCUUUAACGCACCUGUGCUAAUGUCUGUGAAUGAGGGCUUAGAGACUCGGUACUGCACUGUGGUAAGCAGCAAGGUGCAUCAUGGAAGUAACAGUCUUUUAGCGAGCUACUGGGAUGGAUCAGGGCACGGUAGCACAGGAAGGUGUAGAGGACCCCGCAUAAAGGACUGCAUUGGAAUCGUAGAUAGGACUCCCCUCAUCGCUGCCAGCGUCAUUGGAGGGCUGUUCAUUAUAGUCAUCAUGGGUCUAACCUUUGCUGUCUACAUACGUAGAAAAAGCAUCAAAAAGAAGAGAGCCUUGCGUCGCUUCUUAGAGACAGAGUUAGUCGAACCGCUGACACCAAGUGGAACUGCACCAAACCAAGCCCAACUAAGGAUCCUAAAGGAAACAGAACUAAAGAGGGUGAAAAUCCUGGGAUCAGGUGCUUUUGGGACAGUGUACAAGGGUAUCUGGGUUCCGGAAGGGGAGACGGUAAAAAUCCCUGUGGCUAUUAAAAUCCUGAAUGAGACAACUGGACCCAAAGCCAAUGCAGAAUUCAUGGAUGAAGCCCUGAUUAUGGCUAGCAUGGAUCAUCCCCACCUGGUUCGCCUUUUGGGAGUCUGCCUGAGUCCCACCAUUCAGUUAGUUACCCAGUUGAUGCCUCAUGGAUGCCUCCUGGAUUAUGUCCAUGAACACAAAGAUAAUAUUGGCUCUCAGCUUCUUCUCAACUGGUGUGUCCAGAUAGCAAAGGGUAUGAUGUACCUGGAGGAACGCCGCUUAGUACACAGAGACCUUGCAGCCCGGAAUGUGUUGGUAAAAUCUCCUAACCAUGUAAAGAUCACAGACUUUGGACUGGCUCGUCUUUUAGAAGGAGAUGAAAAGGAAUACAAUGCUGAUGGGGGAAAAAUGCCGGUGAAGUGGAUGGCCCUGGAAUGUAUUCACUACAGGAAGUUCACCCAUCAGAGUGAUGUCUGGAGUUAUGGGGUCACUAUAUGGGAGCUGAUGACCUUUGGAGGAAAGCCUUAUGAUGGAAUUCCAACUCGAGAAAUCCCUGAUCUCCUAGAGAAAGGAGAGAGGCUUCCUCAGCCACCCGUCUGCACCAUUGAUGUCUACAUGGUUAUGGUGAAGUGUUGGAUGAUCGAUGCUGACAGUCGCCCCAAGUUUAAAGAACUUGCAGCUGAAUUCUCAAGGAUGGCGAGGGACCCUCAAAGAUACCUUGUGAUACAGGGUGAUGACCGGAUGAAACUCCCCAGUCCUAAUCACAGCAAGUUCUUCCAAAAUCUUCUGGACGAUGAAGACCUGAAAGAUAUGAUAGAUGCUGAGGAGUAUCUUGUCCCACAAGCCUUCAAUAUCCCACCUCCCCUUUAUACCUCCAGAGCACGUAUUGACUCCAACAGGAAUCAGUUUGUAUACAGAGAUGGAGGCUAUACCACUCAAGAAUCUGUGACUCUGCCAUACAGACCAGCUGCAUGUCCCAUACCAGAGGUCCCUACAGUGCUGGGUGCCACUGCAGAAGUCUUUGAAGACAUAUGCUGUAACGGAACCCUGCGCAAACAAAACACAGAGCGGGUUUCAGAGGAAAGCAGCCUACAGAGGUAUAGUGCCGACCCCACUGCGUUUGUAAGAGAGCGCAACUCUCGAGGUGUAGUAGGAGAAGAUGGUUAUAUGACUCCUAUGAAAGAGAAGCCCAAGACAGAUUACUUGAGCCCAGUGGAAGAGAAUCCUUUUGUUUCCAGAAGAAAAAAUGGAGAUCUUCAAGCUCUAGAUAAUCCUGAAUACCACAAUGGACCUAGUGGGCAGCCAAAAUCAGAAGAUGAAUAUGUCAAUGAGCACCUUUAUCUUAAUUCCUUUGCCAAGCCCAAGGAGAAUCCAGAAUAUCUGAAAAACAAUGGACUUACCGUGCCAGAAAGAGCCAAGAAGGCAUUUGAUAACCCAGAAUACUGGAAUCAUAGCUUGCCACCCAGGAGCACCAUCCAGCAUCCUGAUUACCUGCACGAGUACAGCACAAAAUACUUUUAUAAGCAGAAUGGACGUAUCAGGCCAGUUGUGGCUGAAAACCCAGAAUAUCUGACCGAGUUCACUCUAAAACCAGGCACUGUCCUUCCCCCUCCUCCCUACAGGCACCGGAACACUGUUGUGUAGGAGUUUCAGUAUUAUGAAAAUAGGGAGAAAUCCCUACUCUUUUUGGAUACUCUGAGCCCUCCCUAAGAGCCACCUUAAUUACUCUGGUGUGCUUCUCCAUGCCAGAUCACUUGCAUCAGAAGGUUAAAGAAUGCUAUAGAUUUUGUAUUAAUAUUAUUUAUUAAGGAGAGCACUUGAUGAAGUAUCCAGACUGGCAGCUUGCUCUCUGUGGAUUGAGACAACUUUGACUGUCAUUUUAAUGACCAAGCAUCAGUAGAAACUCUAUGAAGCAGAAGUACUUUAUUUACUUACCUUUAUUUUUCCUGCAGCAAACAGUACAGCGUAUCAGCUCAUUAUAUCAUUCAUGUCAAAAAUCACAAUGUUUAAGCCCUAACGCUUGUUUCUUAUUCCACUAAACAAGACCAUUCAAUACCGUCUUCCACUGCCAGUUCCUACCAUUAACUAGGUACCAGUAAUAAUUAACAAUGAUAUUAAUUAUUCCAUGCUGGUGGAUAAGACAU